UAGAACUAUAAAAGACAAACGCAACUCCGCGGAAGUCGCGACACAGAUGUUAAGGCCGCUAGGUAUACAUAGCAGGUUUGAUGUUAUAUUUGCCCUUGGUUGGCGCUAGGUUUGUUUUUGGCGUUCCUGUAAAAAUUUGUUACCUUCGUUUGUUUUGACUGUCCUCCUGACGAAGGACAGCACAAGUACCAGCCGCGCGAGAUGAACCUAACACCAAAAACGACCUACCUCGUCUAAAGACGGUUCGCCUACUGCUUUCUGUGGACACUACAGAUGGAGCCGCAGUGGACGUCUUUGGUCGAAGUGCGAUGCAUCUCUGUGAAUGCGUGAACCCUGUCCGCUACAACAAGGCAAUCCGCUUACUUCUAGACUGGUAUGAGCGACGUGGUAUGCGGUGGGAACUAGGUGGGGAAGGAAGAGCUCGAGCUGCACAAGAACAAGUUCAUUUAAUACAUCACUCAGUUCUUGACGAAGAACCGAAGAUAGUUACUAGAGUGCCUGGUGGAUACGGGAGAGAGGCUUUUGGAGGUAGGAUAGAGAACAC